AUGUUAUUCAUCAUUGAAACGCUCAUAACUCUUGAAUUUAACACUUGUGACGACCUUGGUGGUACAGAUACCGAGAUCAAGAUGCAGAGGAAUAAAACCAUCACCAUUAAAAUGCUCGUAUUCCUUGAUGAAGACGCAGCUAUUGAU